AUGCCGGAGCCCGGGCCGGACGCCUCCGGCACUGCCAGCGCGCAGCCCCCGCCUCCGCCGCCCCCGCCUCCCGCGCCCAAGGAGUCCCCGUUCUCCAUCAAGAACCUGCUCAACGGAGACCACCACCGGCCACCCCCUAAGCCGCAGCCGCCCCCACGGACGCUCUUCGCCCCGGCCUCGGCCGCCGCCGCCGCCGCUGCCGCCGCUGCCGCCGCAGCCAAGGGGGCCCUGGAGGGUGCCGCGGGCUUCGCGCUCUCGCAGGUGGGCGACCUGGCUUUCCCCCGCUUUGAGAUCCCAGCGCAGAGGUUUGCCCUGCCUGCGCACUACCUGGAGCGCUCCCCGGCCUGGUGGUACCCCUACACCCUGACCCCCGCCGGCGGCCACCUCCCGCGACCUGAAGCUUCGGAGAAGGCCGUCCUGCGAGACUCCUCCCCGGCCUCGGGCACAGACCGCGACUCGCCCGAGCCUCUGCUUAAGGCUGACCCCGACCACAAGGAGCUGGACUCCAAGAGCCCGGACGAGAUCAUUCUGGAGGAGAGCGACUCCGAGGAAGGCAAGAAGGAGGGCGAGGCGGCGCCGGGCGCGGCCGGUGCGAGCGUAGGGGCGGCGGCGGCGACGCCGGGCGCCGAGGACUGGAAGAAGGGCGCCGAGAGUCCGGAGAAGAAACCCGCGUGUCGCAAGAAGAAGACGCGCACGGUCUUCUCGCGCAGCCAGGUCUUCCAGCUCGAGUCCACCUUCGACAUGAAGCGCUACCUGAGCAGCUCAGAGCGCGCCGGCCUGGCCGCGUCGCUGCACCUCACUGAGACGCAGGUCAAGAUCUGGUUCCAGAAUCGCCGCAACAAGUGGAAGCGGCAGCUGGCCGCGGAGCUGGAGGCGGCCAACUUGAGCCACGCGGCAGCGCAGCGCAUAGUGCGCGUGCCAAUUCUCUACCACGAGAACUCGGCGGCCGAGGGCGCGGCGGCCGCGGCCGCGGGGGCCCCGGUGCCGGUCAGCCAGCCUCUGCUCACCUUCCCGCACCCGGUCUACUACUCGCACCCGGUGGUUUCGUCCGUGCCACUGCUACGGCCGGUCUGA